CAUGCAUUUGAAGACGAGCUAAAGUGAGAAGCGGACUAUCCCUCCCAAGGAGUGGGCGCUGAGUUUGAGACUCGCCACGUAAAACACCCUACCAAUGGGAAGGAAACGACAGCCUCGGAUAAGUGAACCCCAUUUUUCUGGCGACCCUUUCUUGCUGCUCAGGGUAUAAAAUCAAAAGAUUUUAAUAGAAAGUCAGAAAUGUCUAAUCAUCUAAUUGAUUUUCGGUUGGUAGUCAAUAUCGAUAAAAAAUAACCAAUAGUAGGUGCCUAUAAGUUAAACUUAUCAACAGCGGCCGAUUCGGUCAUUGGCGCAAAGCCGACCCAAUAAAAAAGCUUCGUAAAAAUAUUAUUUUGUUAACAAAUCUCAAGUGGCUACGCAUUUAAUUUAAAGACCUGUCGAAGGCCAGAGAUAACGCGUGGCAAGAAUGACAAAGUAUGAGUCACAACUGAUUGUUUCACAAUGCCUUUCUUACGAUCCGUUGAUUAGCUUAUGGCAAAUAAUAAAAGUUUAUGAUUAUUUAUACCAUUUGGACAAGCUGAAGUGGUGGCUAACUGAUUUUGGAGCAUGCAAAGGUUUAAGUGAAUUUCUUAUCUCGAUUUCUUUUGCGAAAAACUCGAUUAUAAAAGCAAUUGGCGAAAGUGCAGACGGCAUCAGUUAAAGUGUUGAGCAAACAUCCGAAGAAAGGUUGUUUGUGGCUUAACGGUUUCGACGAUUUCAAAACAAUUUUAAAGUUACGGAGAAUUCAGUACGAUCUUGUUCUAUACUCUUAUCACUUAGAAUAUAACAAUGACCGAAAUAAUUAAGUUUACAAGCAUCGCCUUCUUGGCGUUUUGCUGCCUAGCUCAAGCGAAGUAUGUGCCCGGUGUUUCCUACGUAGAAAAUGUGGAACUCGCCUACGACAAUGUGACGGACAUUUGGCGUUGCGACAAACUCGUUUGUCCUCCCGGCACACGCUCUUGUAAGAUCAUAAAGCGUGAUAAUCCCAACAAAGCAGACGAAUUGAUUUGUAACAAUAUUUGUGUCGACAAGCUGGGCGCGAAUUUGCUGAAGUUCACACAUACCGAGUCCAUGGUGCAGGCGCAGACGAUUGAUAUUUAUGUAAAUUCUUAUUUGUACGGCGAUAUAUGGCAGUGGAGCACGGUUUACAGUUUGUCUUGGCAAGGCGUAAAUGCCACAAUCGCACCGCAAGAUUGGCCGCGAGUACAGGAAAGUAUGAGAACUCUUAUAAAGGCGUUUGACGACUCAUAUGGCGCUUCGCAGAGAGUAAUCAGCACAUUUAAGGGGGCUCAUUAAGAAAAUUAAUUUCAAUUUACUUUUCCUUUAUGAAAAUAAAUAUAAUUUCAUGCAGCAUUAA